AUUUUCUUAUAUUAAAGGGGUCAUAUGGUGCGAAUACGUGUUUUUAUGUGUCUUUGGUGUGUUAUAAGUUGCCCAUGCAUGUAUUAGACACGUAACAUUGCAGAAAUUAAAGUGUGGGAACAAAAGAUGCAUUCUAUCUAAAAGCGAAUGCUCACCCAGACCUGCCUGAAACGCCUCGUGUAACCACACCCCCACAAAUCCACCUCAGUUUGUGGUAUGAGUUGACUAAGACCGCCCAAAUGUAUACGCAAGUCAGUACUGUCAGUACAAUUGCUUUGGAACCUGAUGUUCCAAAUAUGGUAAGAGGCGUUACAUUUCCGUCACAUGCUUGCAGUAUUCGACCAAUCACAACGCACUGGUUAACUGGCCAAUCAUAGCACACCUCGCUUUUCAGAGCGAUGAGCUUUGUAAAAUAUCCACGCGUUUCAGAGAGGCGGGGCAAAGAGGAGAUACAAACAUGCACGGCCAAGCCCUGAUGAUGAUACAGACUGUGAUAGGUUGAUGAUUAUUUAACUGGAACAGAGGGAAUCAUUUCAUUCUGUGUUCAGAAUUAACUUGAGUUUUAUGUGCAAUUGCAUAUUUUAUAUUGCUGCUCAACAUGAGUCAUCACUCUUCAUGGCGAGAGCACCACUGUGCCCCUGGAGACACCAACUGCACAACAACCCUAAAGGAAUCCUUAAACACCAGGAACUACAAGUUACUCCAUGUGCCUUUCCAUGGACCGACCCACAGUCACUACCACGAACCUCCACACCCUUUCCCCACGGUGGAUGUUCCAGAUCAUGCCCACUACAUCAUCGGCUCUGUCAUCCUAAUAGUCGGCAUCACAGGAGUGAUAGGGAACGCAUUGGUGAUCUACGUGUUUUGCCGAAGCAACAGUCUUCGCACGGCUGGGAACAUGUUUGUGGUGAACCUGGCGGUGGCUGAUUUCUUUAUGUCUCUCACACAAGCACCUAUGUUCUUUGUGGCCAGCUUGCACAGGCGGUGGGUAUUCGGCGAGCAUGUUUGCGAGCUCUACGCCUUCUGUGGAGCCCUCUUCGGAAUCUGCUCCAUGAUGACUUUGACCGCGAUCGCUGCCGAUCGUUGCCUCGCUAUAACUCAGCCUCUUGUGCUGGUGAGCAAAGUAAGUCGACGUAAAGCUGGUGUGAUACUUGCUGUUGUGUGGCUCUAUUCCCUGGGUUGGAGCCUUCCACCUUUUUUUGGCUGGAGCGCCUAUGUCCCGGAGGGUCUCCAGACCUCGUGUUCCUGGGACUACAUGACCUUCACUCCGUCGGUGCGUGCGUACACCAUCCUCCUCUUCAUUUUUGUGUUCUUCGUCCCGUUAGGCAUCAUUGGUAGCUGCUAUUUUGGAAUUUUCCAAGCUGUUCGAACAGCAGGGAGGGAGAUACGAGAGCUGAAUUGUGGAGAAACAAAUAAGGUUUAUAAACAUAUGCAGAACGAAUGGAAGCUGGCUAAGAUCGCCCUUCUAGUGAUUUUGCUUUUUAUAAUAUCCUGGUCACCCUAUUCCGUAGUGGCUCUUACCGCAACAGCGGGCUAUUCCCACCUCCUCACCCCUUACAUGAAUUCAGUACCUGCUGUCAUCGCCAAAGCCUCCGCCAUCCAUAAUCCCAUCAUCUAUGCUAUCACACAUCCUAAAUACAGGGCGGUUAUCGCUCGAUACAUUCCAAUACUCCGUUGUAUCCUGCGCGUGAAAGAGAAAGACCUCCGUUCUUCUAUUAGUUCCAGCAGUGCCCUGUGCUCCCGUCGUCCGACCCUCACCAGUCAAUGCUCCACGGGGAUCAGCAUCGGAAAUGCAGCGCGGGCCAAUGGGCGCUGGGGAAAGACACGAUUGUCUUCUGCUUCAGAUACUGAUUCGUACUGGAUCGAGAGCGAGGCUGAUGGUUCCAGUGUGAAUUCCCUCACCUUUGGCCGUCGUGUGUCCACAGAGAUCUCUACAGAUACAACCGUUCCUCCCGAAGAGUCUAGUACUACCAUCAACAGUGGGCAGAAAUUAGGAAAAACGGUCCAAGUUGUAGGCCUUCCUGUGCCCACGAUUGCUUUCGAAACAGAUUCAUCAGAUGGGGAGACUGUUUCUGAUGGAAAGAUAUUCCUCCUCAGAGGGGACCUAAAGGAAUAAUGUAGUUUUGUGUUAGUUACCUAAGUAGUGGUUGCUUUAAAUAUGGCAAUUAUAUUAAAUUAUGACUGUCCUUAUCCUUAUUUAUUUCCCUUAUCCUGAUCAGUUUGUAAACUUUGUUUAAGGUAUGUGUGACCAUUCAGCUAACCCUGCAUCUGUUCUUUCAAAAUGUAUACCAUAAAGUGAAUUAACACAGAAAAUUAAGUAAAUCCUACUAGCUGUUUUUUUCAGUGUCUAUAAAUGGCACAUUAUCUGUAGGUAAAUUUAUGUAAAUGGUGUUUGGUGUAAGAUGCAUUAAAAGAAAUAUCCUCGGCUCUUUUUAUUUCUGUUACUUACAUCUGUAAUGUAGUUAAUUCCAACAAUAAAAUACAAAAAAAUAAAGAAAAAACAAUUGCCAGGAGUAAAUUGCUACAGCAUUCAGAGGAUAUUAGAACAUGACAAUUUAUUUAUUCUAUUCAUUAUUUUAUUUGUAUUAAUAAUUUCAUUUUUUAAUAAAUUCUAAAUUAUUUAUGUUAUACUUGGCGUUUCUGAGACAUGAAACAAAUAUUUUGAACCUUUCUUUAAUAAAGACUUUUAACAUUUAUCACCAUUGUUCAUAAAUAAUACAGUUGGUAAAAUUCUCCUGCACCAGGGGCCCGUUUCAGAAAGGAGGUUUAGUGAAAACUCUGAGUAUAUUAACCCUGAAAUGAGGGAAACUCUGGGUUUUCCGUUUCAGAAUGUGAGGUAUGUCAAACCCGAGAAAGCGGGGUAACUCAAGCCCGUUUCUAAAAGAGAGGUAACUUAUUCUCAGAGUCAGUAACCGUAGUAAGUUACUCUGUGAACCUAACCUGGCCAGGAGCAGGUUUUCUUUGGUAAACCCAGAGUUUCUUUCGAUCUCCUCCCCCUUUUUGAAG